AUGCGAUUCGUGCGUGCCGGACGGCUGCUUCGCCUUCUGCGAUUCCUUCGAUUACUCCGAGUCUUGAAGAUCAAGCAGGCGAUGCAAUCCUUCAUGCUGCAUGGGCUUCCCGGCAGCUCGUGGCACUUUGUUCUUGAUGUGGGCAAGUAUGUUGCCGGCAUGAUGUACGGCUUGCAUUUGCUCACAUGCCUCUGGUACUGGGUGGGAAACGUGCCGGAUGGCUGGGUGCAGGAGCAAGAGUUGAGUGCACAGUCCUUGUCAUCGACGUAUUUCUCAUCUUUGACUUUGACAUUGUCCAGGCUACCAGCAUCAUCGAUGAGAUGGAACAUGACUCUGCAGACAGAUGGCGAACGAACAUUGGCCAUCGUGGCCACCUUCAUGGCCUUGGGAAUGUCAUCGGUUUGCAUCAGCAAGGUGACCAAUGUGAUGUCAAGGUGGCAGAGUAUGAGACAUCAGAAACAUCAGAUUGUUGAGUCCUUGCGGAGUUAUUGUGCGUCCCAUGGAGUCGAUGCAUCGCACAUCCUGAGCAUGAAGAAGUACGCGGAGCGGGAGCUUUCACGGAAGGCUGCGAAUGAGGCGCAUGCCAACUUGCUGCAGACAUUUUCCAGCAGUAUGCUGAAAAGCCUUCUCCACCAGGCACGCCGUUCUUUCUUGCGCUAUCACAAGGAGUUUACAAGUUGGUGUGCCAAGUCGGAGAUUUUGGAGUACUGUAUAUGCAACAAAGCCAUGACAGAGCAUUACGAAAUGCGGCAUGACUGCAUCUUUAUGCCGUCAGACUACGCGGAAGGCAUGUAUUUGAUGGCCACGGUUCGGUGCUCCUAUGUGUUCGACAGCCUUGGGAUGAUGCCGCGGUGUGAAACAAGUCCCGGUCCCCAGUCUUGGACGAGGUGCUGCUUGUGGCGUUUCUUGACGAAGCCGAUGGAUGAGAUCGAGGAGAAUGUGGUCCAUCUUGAACCAGGAGACUACAUCAGCGAGCACGCGCUGUGGAUUGCAGGUUGGAGCCAUCGCGGGAGGCUGCAGGCAACAACUGACGGCUGGUUGUUGGCUUUGCCAACCUGCCGCCUCAUGGAGACGUUAAAGGAGCACCCCAACAUCGCCGAGUGUGUCAUCACCUUUGCGACGAGGUAUGCUGAACAAAUCAACCUUCUGGCGGAGAUCAACGAUGACAAGCUGUCAGAUCUCCCUUUCAGCACAGAGUCGGAGAAGGCAGGUUCCCGGAGCACACGGUCUUGGCGGCGGAGAUCAGUGCUUCCCGUGCCCGUCCCACAUUCAAUACAUCCUUAA